AUGUCGGUAAUACGAAAAGCAAGAACUUCUAAAAAACAAUAUGUCAUUUAUGUGGAGUACCUGGAAGAACAUCCGAUUUUACGAAGUGGAAAGCUUUCCCCGCGAACCACUCCUGAAGAUCUUCAUAAUUUAUGGGUUCAGUUAGUGAAUGCUUUGAAUGCAUGUGGAGAUGGUCCCACACGCGAUGUCGAUGCAUGGAAAAAGGUUUUUACGGAAUGGAAGAGCCAAACGAGGAAGAAGGCCAGAGAAGGAAAGGUUCUCAAUGUCCUUGAAGAACGUCUUUUAAAAGUAACAGGGGUUAUUGUUGUCGAUGGUGCGCCAGGUGUACCAGAAUUGGGAGUUCCCGAUGAGGUACAGCAAGUGAUGCAUACCGUUCAAGAUUUGGAAAUUGAAUAUUUAGAUGACCAGCAUAUCGAACCUACAAUUGGUUCUGAAGCUCCAAAUAUUGAAGUGGCAUCAUUAGUCGAAAGUGAAAACAAAGCUAAGGACAACCAAAAGAAGAUUUGCAGAAAGAAAAGUAUGAUUAUCGUUAGUAACACUUAA